AGCAAACCAAACGGUAACCUUCCUAUCGUAACGUUGUACACCGUUUAUUUCACAACAAUUCACAUGGGACUUAUAACACCAGUUGCUUCAUCCAUGCCUUUCUCUGGGGAUAUUGCUCCUUUUGAUAGUUCGGGGACCCAAUGCUUGUUGUAUGAAAUGUUGAGGACCUUCGUUGCUAUUUCCGCUCUUAAAAUAUCUUAAAACAUUUUUCUUUGUUUUUCUUGAGUUCGAAGCUAGAAAAAGUUGAGUGCCUCGUCGUGCACACGUUUGCAAAGCACAAAUUCUCCGGAAACGGCGCCGUAACAUCACCUCCGAUAAAUGGGCAGCUACUGACGAAACGAAAACUAGCACCACUCUUCCUCUCUCUUUUAGGGUUCGUAUUUUCGAGUUCAAGAUAAAAUAAAUAUUAAAAUGUCGACCGGGUACAGUUCUCUGCCGACGGACUACGGCAGCGCAACCGCCGAAGGGGGAGUCUUUAUUCGCGCCAAAUCACGGAUGCAAUUGAUCUACGCCACAAGUCGGCCGUGGCGCGAGCUCUUCUCCCAUCCGGCCUCCUACACCAUCCCUUACAGCGUCAGCGAAUUCACCUCGCGUUUCAAGCGCAAUUUUAAUUACUUCCGUGUAAACUACGCAAUGAUAAUGCUUUUCAUACUUUUCCUCAGCCUGUUAUGGCACCCAAUUUCCAUGAUUGUGUUCCUAGUAGUGUUCGUCUUCUGGUUUCUCCUCUACUUCUUUCGCGAGGAGCCGAUUGAGCUGUUCAAUCGUAUGUUGGAUGAUCGCGUGGUUUCGAUCGUGCUCGGAAUUGUGACGAUUGUGUGCUUGAUUUUCACUGGCGUUUGGCUGAAUAUUCUGGUGUCAAUUUUGAUUGGAUUGGUGAUUUUGGUUCUGCACGCAGGAUUUAGGGCUACGGAGGAUUUGUUCUUGGAUGAAGAUGAAGUUGCCGAUGGCGGAUUGCUCUCUGUUGUUGGAUCCACUUACACAGUAGUCUGAACAAACUUUAGCAUUAGAGAUUUAUAGUAUUACAAAAUGGAUGAAAAUUGUGGCUAGAAUUGCAAGUUUUUGUUGCAAGGGAAUUGAAGAUUGGAUAUCAUCACUUUUUUACUGUAAAAUUUUGUGUUUUGAAUAGUCAUAUGAUUAUGUUUUUAUUACCUUU